AUGAGAAAACUUCUGGAUGGGGACCCGAUGGAUCAAAAUUUGCAUGAGUGGGUGCCAGAAAGUGAUCUCCCAAUGGCAAUCAAGCUUUUCUCAUUGGCUUUGUUUUUCAUCCCAGGCGCAAUAAACUGCAGUACUAUUGUGAAUCGACUAAUCUCCUGUUCACAUGCGUCGACAAUUCUCACUGGACUUAUUUGCAGUCUUCCCUCAUAUGCCGAGUGUGCCCUCUUCAACCUAUUAGACAUCAACAAUUUGAGCGAGGAAACUGUGAGAGGCAAGAAUCGUUUUCAGAUGAUCGUUAGUUUGGUGACAUUGUGUCCUUCGAUGGCCGGAGUGGCUGUAGAGACGCUUUCACAAAAUCGACGCGAUGCAUUGCUGGCCGUGAAGCUAGCCGCGCUUCGGGCAAACAAUCAAGAGUUCAUCCGCUUUCUAACGUAUUGCUUAAUCGAUCGGUCUUCCCAUGUUUUCUCGGCUGUUCAUAAAACUUCUGGGCGGGCUGCUUUUGCUAGUCUUCAAGAGCGAGUAAUGAAAAUUCUUGAAGCAACUGUGGCAGAGAAGGAGUUGAAAGCGAACGAGGAAUUUGUUGAAUGCCUUGCUCUAGUUCAUCUACAAUCGAACGCUAAGCUUACGGCCGCUGAAGUGAAGUUGCUGAUAAAUUACCUAUGUUUGAAGAUUGAUGACUCAGGGCACAUCCACGCCGUUGUAUGCACUCUGUUGUCUCUUCCAGCAUUAACAUCUGCUCCACCCGGGAUGGCACCUGGAACAAGCAUUGAUCCAAAAGUUGGCGACUACUUGCAAUGGUUGAAAGCUCGUGUUACUUCGAGUCAACAUGAGAGUGCCACAUUGCCAUGUGUCUUGAUAGUAGCUCUUUACUUGUGGUCAAAUCGAGUAGAGGAAAUCAACAAAUUUCUCACGGAUAGUCUACUUUGUCGAGUAACUCUGGGCUCACGUCAUUUCACGAGUGUUCGCGCAUUGCUCCAGGUUGUUUUCCCCGAGAAAGAGUUGGCUCAAAUCUGUGCUUCAAUGCCGAUUACAUUUGGUUUGCACAAGAACGAUGACAGUCAAGGUCUGUUGCCCGUGCAUUGGAUUUGCGACUUGAUGAGCCAGAAGGUCUUCCAAAAGCAUAAUGUUGAUGUUGGAAAUUGGGUACAACGACAAAUUCAACAUUCACUUGCGCCAAUUCAUCCCCUUUUAUCUGAUGCCAUUGACAGAUUAGCCGAGUAUGCUGCCCAAGCGGAGAUCCGACAAGGAUUGGAGCGUAAAUUUUGCGAAGUGUUUAUUGGAGAUCUCAUGGAUGAAUCGAUGCUUGUAAAGAGGUUGUUGGUACUUCAAUAUUUGCUCACCUAUCGGCAACGCUUCACCGCUUCGGGAAGAAAAGAGGAUAACCCGUACAAAUCCAUCUACCAAACGAUUCCGAUUCGUUACUUGUUGAGCGUCAUUGAAGCAAAUGCGGUCGAUUUUGCGCCAAUUCGACUUUCUUUGGUCGGCUCCUCCAUUGCCCUGUUCCCCUACAUGAGACCAACGCGGAAAAGCAUAGAACUUGUUAGAAACCGACGCAGAGCUUCUACUUGUCAACUUCCAACGGGCUUUGAGAUUCAAAAGAUCCUCUGUGGUAGCGAUCGAGCGGCAGCGUUAAAAGCAGCAAAACAUCUCGAGAAUGCCAGCUUAUCCGAUUUGGUUAAACUUUUGCCCGUCAUUGUACAAGCUCUCAAAUCUGUAAUCCCACCUCUGGAAGUUUUGGAAGGAAACGAUGGCGCACCGACAACAAGCCUUGAUGAUGGAAAUUGUAACCGACUUGCGGAAACUCUUUCAAAUGUUUGGCUUGACUUGGAGGCAAUUGUGCCGAGACAAGUCAUUGAAAAGACACUAAUUGCGUUCCAAGAGACACCCUUCAUGGUCGACCAAGCUUAUGCACAGCCGUGUCUAGUCUUCGAUGUUGAUAGAAGAGUUUUUGCCUCACCUCCACACUUCAUGAUCUUUCUGCCGAUGCUUUCAUUUUUCCUCGAAGCAGGACGGGCCGAAAAGGAGAGAGCCGUUUUGAUUGCAAAUAUGAAAACGGGACAGCAGUACGAGGAUAAACAAAAGCUAUAUCAAUGUGAGGAGCGAGAGAUUCUCUUCAGCGUCCUCGAUCACACUCAAAGAGCGGCUGCGGUACAAUUAUUGAUUGAGAUUUGCGAUCAAACAAAAAACAAAUUUAUUGUGGCACCUUUUCGUUUGGAGAAGAUUCGGAUGUUGGCUUUCAACUACAUCCAUUCGAUCUUCAUUCGUGAUAUUCAAGUGAUGAAACUCGUGCUUUUUGAGACUUUUCCAUUGCACAUGCUUCGCUCAGUUAUUGAGGGGAUCCCAUCAAUGCACGUUGCCCAGAAUUUUAUACAGGAGAUGAUGGUCUUUCCGGAGAAUAAACGACGAAUAUUCACGAUUUCGUUGAUCAUCGAAGUCUUUAGAAAGUACCGCGUGAAAGCGACGCUCCCAUUGGUGACGAUGACGCUGAACGCGCUUUGCACGUUAAUUCGCUAUGUGGAUAGUCGACAAGUGUUGUGUCUAGUGAAUGGAGUGAUCGAGGAGUUGGGCGAGCUGGCAUUGACUUUUCCUCAACUUGCUGAGACCGUGAUGAACAUUUUGGGACAGGUAUCAUUGAUGGCUGAGAGUCGAUUGGCGUUUCAUUCAACGGGGGUCGUCUCGUCAAAAACGAUGGAAAGGAGUCUGGUGAAGCGAGUCAAAGUACAAGCGGAUUUGAUUGCCCAGAAAACGCUCACU